ACUCUCUAGGGAGAUAGAGUUGUUGUUGUUUGUUGUAUUAAGCCCAAAUUUGGUCCCACCACUCUCAAGAGAGAAGAGAAGAGAUAGCAGGAGUCAGUUAUGGCCCACUGACAGGGGACUACAUGGGACGGCCCACUCCAAAGAGCAUCUGAUGGGAUUAUAACUCUUUCCAGCUCACUUUUUCCCCCACUAAGAAUAACUCAGUCUGUUUGGUGGUGCAGCAUCACAGAGGCAACCCAAUGUUCAGAUGGACAUCUUUGUCUCUAGUUUGUUGGACCUGAUUUUUAAAGACAGAAAAAUACCUUGGAGCCGUUGCUGAGGAUUUUUUUUUUUGCUGCUCAAUCUUUCUGUUUUCCAUUUAGGACUACGUGGAGAGAGAAAGCACACACGAGAGAAGUGUUUGUCUUGGCAAGUGUGUGGUGGACUGAAAGCAGAACGAAUAAGGAAGUUGUCCCAGAUGAGCCCUGACAGCUUAUCCAACACUCAAUUGCACCUAAAUUUGAUUCAGCCCCAUAUUUUCACUGUCAGUGAGAUGACUGGCUAACUUGUCUCUAACAGUCAAGAUUCGUUGCCUUUUUAGGAUCUUCACAGACUUGUACACACACACACAACACACACACACACACACACACACGCUGAGCUGGACCUUAUUGAAUCUUCCUUUUCCACUAAAACACAUGGACAUAUCCUUAACACGGGGACCAAAAGCUGAACCGCUAAUUGAAUUUCCAGUUUGAUGCACUUGCUGGAAAUAGCUUCUAGCUAAUAACCUUUAUCUUGUAAAUACAGAGAUUACUUAGCAGCCCUGUCUUCCUUUCAGUUUUGUUUGCACCAGGUGCAGCUGAUGAGUCUAUUGUGAUUUGCAUACUGGCGUUGUUUUACAAGUUGUCAUUCUUGGACCUGUUCUUCCUGCACUACCCUGUCAGAGGGACCUGUUUCCUAUAACUUGUAACCCCUGGACAACAUAAAGGAAUGUGAACAGCUCUCGUUUCCGAUUCAUGACAGCAUGGGGGUUUUGGUUGUGCCACAGAAGUUCACUUUGUUUAUCCCUCACCUCCCAAAGCUGCUGUUUUGAUGCCCCUCUGAACCCGUCCUAACUCUUUUCAAACUGCCAAUAAAAUGAUGAACAAAGACUCUCGCUUUUCAAGAAAGAUGCAUGGCAACUUCUCCACCCGCAGGCACUCGUGUAUUGGUUUUGAUGUGGAGAAUGGAUUGGCAGUGGGGCGCAGCCCCCUGGACUCCCAGACCAGCCCUGGCUCUGGCUCUGGUCUGGUCCUACAGGCCAACUUUCCUCACAGCCAGCGGCGGGAAUCCUUCCUCUACCGUUCCGACUCCGACUUUGACCUUUCACCCAAAGGUCCUUCCAGAAACUCCUCCACCGCCAGUGACCUGGAAGAAAGCUUGAAGCACUGGGAAGUCAACUGGUUGUCAACUCGACAUACAGAAGACAUGAUUGUCACACCAUUUGCACAGGUCCUCGCCAGCCUGAGGACAGUCCGAAGUAACUUUGCCGUCAUAACCGGCCAGCAAGAUCGCACAGCCAGCAAGACGCGAUCCUCAGGCAGCAACCCUCCGUCCAUGUGCAAGACCAGCCUCGCAGAGGAGCCUCACCAGCAGCUGGCCAUAGAGACUCUAGAUGAGCUGGAUUGGUGUCUGGAACAACUAGAGACACUUAAAACUCGACACUCUGUCAGUGAGAUGGCUUCCAACAAGUUCAAGAGGAUGCUGAACCGAGAGCUCACCCAGCUGUCAGAAACCAGCCGUUCAGGGAACCAGGUGUCUGAGUUCAUCUCCAGCACCUUCCUUGAGAAGCAACAUGACAUGGAUAUCAUGUCCCCCCCCACCAAGGAGAAGGACAAGAAGAAGCGGCCCAUGUCCCAGAUUAGUGGUGUGAAGAAGGCCACCCACAGCCCCAGCCUCGCCCCCUCCACCAUCCCUCGCUUUGGGGUCAACGCCAGCCAGGAAGGACUCCUAGCCAAGGAGUUGGAGGACAUAAACAGAUGGGGUAUUGACAUCUUCAAGGUCUCUGAGUAUUCUGGGAAACGCCCACUUACGGUCACCAUGUACUCCGUCUUCCAGGAACGUGACCUGCUCAAGUCCUUUAAGAUUCCUGCAGACACUUUCAUUACCUUCAUGAUGACUUUGGAGGAUCACUACCAUGCCGACGUGGCCUACCACAACAACAUCCAUGCUGCAGACGUGGUCCAGUCCACCCAUGUCUUACUGUCCACACCAGCUCUGGAGGCCGUGUUUACUGAUCUGGAGAUCCUCGCCGCUUUGUUUGCAAGCGCCAUACACGAUGUGGAUCACCCUGGAGUUUCCAAUCAGUUUCUCAUCAACACCAACUCAGAGCUGGCCCUGAUGUACAAUGAUUCGUCUGUGCUGGAGAAUCACCACCUGGCUGUUGGCUUUAAGCUUCUGCAGGAAGAUAACUGUGACAUGUUUCAGAACCUAAGCAAAAAGCAGAGACAGUCGCUGCGCAAGAUGGUCAUUGAUAUGGUGCUGGCCACAGAUAUGUAUAAACACAUGAACCUACUGGCAGACCUGAAAACCAUGGUGGAGACCAAGAAAGUCACAAGUCUAGGAGUCCUACUGCUAGACAACUACUCAGAUCGCAUACAGGUCCUUCAAAACAUGGUGCACUGUGCAGACCUGAGCAACCCCACCAAGCCUCUGGAGCUGUACCGGCAGUGGACAGACCGCAUUAUGGUGGAGUUUUUCACCCAGGGGGACAGGGAGAGAGACAAAGGCAUGGAGGUCAGCCCCAUGUGUGACAAACACAAUGCCUCAAUAGAGAAGAACCAGGUGGGUUUCAUUGACUACAUCGUUCAUCCUCUGUGGGAGACGUGGGCUGACCUUGUCCACCCAGAUGCUCAGGAGAUCCUUGACACACUGGAGGAUAACAGAGAGUGGUACCAGAGCAUGAUCCCCCACAGCCCCUCACCCCACCCAGAGGGCCCGGGGGAGGGAGCCCCUGCUGGGGAAGCCUCAGCGCUCGGUGUGGCCGGCGGCUCCAUUUCGGUCGACAAGUUCCAGUUUGAGCUGACCUUGGAAGAAGAGGGAGAGUCUGACACAGAGAGUCCACCUGAGGAAGAGGAGGGCCACAGUGGCAGUAAGGGGCCUGAACUCUCCAGAACUGAUUCUGGCAGCGGACCCAAUGCAGUAUCUGCUACGUCUCGUCGACUCACUAAAAAGCUCACUAGUGAUUCAGUCCGGACGUUUUCUUUAGACUCUGAUAAAGAUAUGGCAGAAGAGAGAGAGACAGAAGAGCAAGGCGUCUCUGAGGUUCCACGCUUCAGACUUGGCACAUAGCACCAGUCAAAAGUUAUAUUUCUUUUGGCCUUUUUUUUGUUUAUUCUUCUUGAAUUUGGUGCCUCCGCUGUUACUCCUCUUCUCUCACUCCAACCAAAACACCACCAACUCUGGUUUCUGCAGACAGGGUGACAGCAAGCCUCGGGUUAGGGAGUACGGGAGAGCGCUGUGGGGGUGUGGGUGGUGUUAUGAAAGUCUGCAGUUUUACACAGCAGUCACUUGCACUGGAGAGAGACAGAUAGAGUCACUGUUCUAAUAGAGGACAGGAAACCAAGUUUGUGACCGGUCCUUUGAGUUCUGUGACUUUCAGUCAGUCAUACUGUGGACGUUCUACAGAGACAAUAAGAAGUUCAGAAGAAACUUCCCUUCUACCAGCCUACCCAAGGUCUACUACAACAAAUGACAGAACUGUCUUCCUCUUUUAUAAAGAAAGUGAAGAAGUGAUGAAUGAGCGUGAAAACACAACGUCUUGAAAGACAUCUUGCCAAACUUGCAAUUUACAGGCACAACGCUGUUUUGACUGCCUUUUCAUUUUUUAGUUUGUUCAUUCUGUUGUCUUUUAUUUAGGUCCAUAUGCGGUGAAAUACGGUAAAUGAAGGUACAGUAAAUAGCAAACUUCAAAGCAGUGUAAGCUAAGCUAUGGCAGAAAGAAGCUAUGCUUGAUUUUGUGCAGGAAACUUUAAAUGCAGCAUUCAAAGUAAAAUAAACAUUUUGUAUAAGUAGCACUCCUUUCAGCCCAUUUAAUUGUGUUCAGCAAGCAGUAGUUUUGGAAGAAUAUGAUUAUACUGAAGUGGCUGGCAGAACAUAUAAUUUUUGGGGUUUACUAUUUCCAUUUUUAUAAUCCUAAACUAUCUGAUAUUGUAAAACUGAGCCAGAUUCAGUGUAGUGUUUUACAGUCAAGGAAUUACAUCCAAAGCAAUGUGGGCUGUGCACAUGGUGCCUCCCAGUGUCAACAAGUGGAACUGAACUUCUGGCAUUGGAGGCAAAUGAUUUGCAAGAUUUUGCAUAGGCGUAUAUGGAAAAUACAUCCAAAACAUAUUUAACUGUAGGACUACCCAGUUAUGUUUCAGUUUGCUAUUUUGAUUCAUUUUUGUUGGAGUUUCUUUUUAAAUAUAUAUGUCAUUAAUUUUUGCGUUCGUAAUAUUUGGCACCCAUUUUAUCAGUCUGCCUUCAAGUUUAGCACUUUAUGAAAAUCUUAUGUACACAUUGGAGGCUGAUGACUGUUUGUCAAUGACUGUCUAGCAACCAGCAUCGACAUGAUGCAAAAACUAAACUCUACAGUACAGCUACGAAUGCAUUUAGCUGUCCAUUUAAAUCCAUUACCACAUCAUGUGUCACACACAGCGAUCACCUACUGAAUACUGUUUUUGGUAACAUCCACUUGCAUAAAUUACUAGACUGAUAAGGGCAGUGUGUUAGAAGCACAAAGGUUGCGAAGAAGGAUGUUAGCAUCACUUUAACUGUAAAAUUCAGGAGACAGUUUCCUAUGCCAGAAUUUGUUUUCUCUCUCAUUGAUCAAUAUUUUGCUCUUCACAGGGACAUAGUCAAUGACAAAACAAGUGCCAAGCAAGCAUGACACAACCCGUACUGUAAUUUCCAUUUUGCCACUGGCUACUUUCCAUCAGUGACUGAUAAAGUUGGUUGAUUGUAGCACCCUGCGUGCCAAUCUGACCCUAGUGUCUCUGUUGCUUUUUUUUGUAUUCCUGUUCUAACAGUAACUGAAGCUGAUACUGUCUUAGAACAGUAAUGUGUUUUUUGUGUGUGAGUGAAUGACUUGGUUAACGUUUUUGAUGUAUUUGCUGAGAAAAAAACCAAAGCACUUUGUAUGGUACUUUUACAGUUCUGCACUUCCAUUAUACAGUUGAACAUGUAUAACAUGACUUCUUACCUGUUUUUCUGUCUGCAAAUGGUGUGGUGGUUGAGUUCAAUUGCAUGGACUUUGCCAUGUUGGAGAGACUGACAUUGUUUUAUUUGUUCUUUUUUUAUAAUUGACUGUACAAACAAAAAAGUGUUUUGUUGAAAUUCAUGACAUUGGCUGCAGGAUGUGAAGAAGCGUAAAGAUAACUUAGCCUGUGGAGCUAUUAACCUGUUUUUAUUUGAUCACCAUGAAACAUCAUGUUCUACUGGGUUAACGAGCUGAAAGGUUUCUCUUUGACGCCUUAUUUUCACACUUGGUUUCUGGUCAUAGAUGUAUUCACUGACAUGCUGGAGUAAAACAUGUGCAAUCUUUUCAGUAGCUAUAACAGCACCAAACAGACCAACACUCAAGGAGGCCUUCAGCACUAAGGACUAUUUAACAACAGCUUAAGCAGCACAACAUGCAAAGAUUCAGUCUGUAUCUGCGUGUCACUAAUUGUUUGAUUUUGUACAUUUUCCUCACAGUGCUUCAUGUACAGUUUUAUUUAUUACUUCUUUACUACUGUCAGAAACAAUGGGACAGUAGGCUUUUUGUAGUCUGGAGUUUAGUACUUAUGUGUAGCUUGAUGUGUGAGAAGGUCACACAGCACAGAUUUCCUCCAUUACUCUGCUUUUUCCCUUCUCGUUUCAUUUCUUUAUGUCUGAAAAUAACAUUAUACAUAAGCAAAAAUACUGACUUUCAUGUUUUUCUUGGAAUGACAAUAGUUUAGUGACACAUUUCCGUCUGAGUUUUCUGAAACAUCUAUCAUCUCCUGUCUUCCUCUGUUUCCACUGAUCGGUCAGAUCAUGUGUUCAUGAAGGAUCUUACAGUCAGAGUGUUGAUCUGAGUUUUUUUUUAUUUAUAGUGAAGAUAAUAUAGUCACAGGGCCUCAAGUCAUCCUAGAUCAGUAUUUCUGUUUUCAAAGACUUUAUGGGUUGUGAACUAAGACUGCAGCUUUGACAAUCUGAACUCUGCUGUUUAACUGCGAGUGUGUUAGCCCUCACUCCAACUAGAACUGUAUGCCUUGCUAAUAAAAGAAAAGCUCUUCACUCU